AUAAAAGUGUUUAGGCAUGCUACGCAUAUGUCCUACUAAACAUAAUCUCGAGAAUGAAGAAAAUAAAAGGCAUGAGCAUUAUGCAAAAGGUCAUGGCAAAACUUUCCAAACUUUCUGAUGCGUGCGCAUACGUAUUGUUGACGUCAUUGGCAAACGCGCGAAUCUAAACCCACAAUGCGCAUGCGUGUGGUUCAGGUAACCACGGCCACGCCCGUACUUUCAUCAUUAUUAUCAUUUAUCUAUUUCAGCUUGCUUACAUAGAGUUAUUGAGUAAUUUUUCUCAAAUUCUUUCUGAUUUUUAAAAUAAAAUUUCAAGAUGGGUUGUGCAAAAUCCAGACCCCGAUCUUUGUCUUUCAAGGGAGAAAACAAAGAUGAUUUAGAGAAGAACGAGACCUGUUGUUUGACAGGAAUUAGAUCAUUCUUCUCUAAGAACAAGAUGGUAAGCUUUGUUUAUUUAGAACAGAAUGAUGAGGGUGCAUGAAAAUGAUAAUAAUGUAUGUCAAAUAUUCUUCAAGAGAAUGAAAUGCUCUUCAAUACCACUUUAUGAGGAAAUGAUUAUGAGAAAAAUUAUUCCAGCAUUGAUUUAGAAACAGUUACUUUCAACCAAGGAUUGCUUUCAUGGCUUUGUUUUUCGCUACCCUAAAAAGUGAUAAGGAAUUUAUAACAAAGUUAAACAAAAUGUUAUUACCAAAUUCAACUUCGAAGGAAUUGCAGAUUUUGGAGGAAGAUAUCUGCAGUGAUGGCGACACUGAUGGCAGCUUCCGCAUCAACUUUGAUCAGUCAUCAGUUACCUCCAUCCACUCUGUCACAUCCAUCCACUCAGUCACUACCAUCGAAUCAACGGUGCUCCGACAGUCUUGGUCUGCUCCAGCUAUUCUUUAAUAGCCGAGACAGCCGCCAGACCUUGGUACCCGAAACAUGCGAAAUGAGCAUCAGAACUGAGGAUGAGCCGCCCUCUACGUCCUAUCCGAGGGACGUGAGGGUCUCUGCACAAGACUUCUUGUCCUACCAUCGAUUCAUCAACGAUAAGGACGACGAUGACGUAUCGGUUUUAUCUGACGUCGAAUACAGUGAUGAGCAUCGCGAGGCUGAUGUUGAAUCUAACAUCGAUGAUGACAAGACCUCAAUAUCCGCAUUUGAGUAUUCAAAAGAUAUGUACAUCGUCAACGUUCAUAAGGAGUUCGAGAACCUUGACGAGGAAACGGACGAUAGGUCCAGUGGAAAUAUGACCAGCUCAGAGUCGGUGAUGGUCAAUGGGUGUGUCCCUGACCAGAUUACAAAUACCAAGGACGCUGAUUGGUCAGAUGAAGACACCAUCUAUCCCUCGAGCACAUCAGAGGGACAUGACGUCACAAGUGAGGAUGAUAAGGACGUCGACAAGGAGAAAGGUGUUGGUGUCCCUGGAGAGAUCGGAGAUCGUAUUCUCUUAGAUAAGUAUCACGACUUCCAAUUUAAUAUCCUGGAUGACAUUUGGAAUGCAUGUGGCAACAUCUACCAAACAGGACUCCAGAUCGUACAGGGCAUCGUAAAGGGAGAACAAAAGAAUGAGAUGGGCAUCGGUGAUGGACGCACCGUGAUCGAUGAUGAAGAAACGGAAGAUAAUACUUCAUCAGGUCACCCUGAUCUCUGGGAAGUCAUCAACUGCAUGCUCACAGGCGUCCCCUUAGAGAAGAGGGAGAAGAAGAGGGAGAAGAAGGAGGAGAAGGGGGAUGCGUAGAGGAAGAGAAGCAGGAGGCAGAUGGAGAAGGGGGAGGAAGGAGCGCAUAUGAAGUUGGAGGGGAGAAAGGAGGAGUAUUCAGUUAGUGGAGCAGAAAUGAGGAGAAGGAAGAUGACGGAAGAGGAUGAGGAGGAGGAGAGAGAUAGAAGGGGGAUUAUGAGGAGGGCACCAAUAACUACUGUGGUUAGAAUGGUCAUCUGAGAACCAGACGAACCUAUUUCAAAGAUUUUUCCCAGAGCACUUGGAGAGGGACAAUUCGCUUGUGGGAUGCUAUACACGGUCUAAAAACAUUGGCCUUGUAUAAUGAGGACCUUGGUUUAAAACCUGGUGCCAUUUUCGUCUUACCUGCCAACACGAUCAACUUCAUUCUUGCUCUCGAAUAACUACCGGACAGGUCAAGCAAAACCGAGCCAUGUACGACAUGAGAUAGGGGGUACACUUAUCCCUGCAUGCACCGACUCAAUUUUCUAUCACCUACACACUCUGCAGUGAAUGGUCGUUGUAACAACUCUGAAAGAAAGACGGACAGUAACAUGUCAAUUCAAAUAUCGACUGAAUCAAUUAUAAUUAUAAUUCUGAACUGGUUAAUCUAGGGAUACAGCACUGACAGGCAGUACUAGAGUUGCCAACGGAAUAAGAGUUAUAUCUAAGAUCAAUGAACAAAACUUACGCAUAUGAAAUCAGUUCAUCACUCCUGCAAGCCUUAUACAGACUUCCAUUGACCUGUCCAAUAUUGAUGUCUCGGGCAUUGUCUCGUGAAAAUGAAAGCUUUAACAAAACAAAAAACUCGUCUCUAAAACGCGAUUCAGAUGAGGACAGACUAAGAAAGACAAGCGCCAAUUCUCAACCAAUCGACCGUGCAUCAUUAUGCUCGCAUAGAGGAGAAUAAGUUGACAGGUUGUCAGAUCUGACAAGUUUCCUUGUAUGUGAUUGGCUGAGAAGCACGGUUACUAUGGUAACUGUCGGAUUAAAUAGGACUUCUCAGAUAAAACGUCCGAAAAGUACUUUCAUGAAACGCUCCCCAGGAUAUCAGGAAAGUUUAUUUUUAAUACUAGGCACAAUUGCAAGCCUUCAGAUUAAACAAUGGUGUGCCCCGUGAUAAUUCCGAAGGCAUAUGGAUUACAAAAUAAGAGCGGGAGAUCGAGAAGGCAACUUUGUAUUAAACAUUGUGACAUAUUUAUUUAUAAAAAUGAACUAACGCAACUACUGUAGUAAUUACCAAAACAACGCUUUACACCCCAGAAUUAUAGCACCGUUUCGCGAAGCCUUCACAAAUGCAAUAAAAUGUUACCCGACUAAAAAAAAAAGUUUUGCAAAACUUUUGUUUGAUUGUUUUUUUAACAAUGACACUGAAAGGUG